CAAAAUAAUGGAAGAUAAAUCCCAGUACAGGGCAUCACUGGGCAAAGUGUAAAAUCUGGCCGUCCUAUCUAUCCAGUUAAGAAUUUAUUGAAAAAUCCGGCCAUACUGGUACUGAUGAUAAACCCGAACAGAAAAUGAGGUUUUUUACCUGUAACUUUUUUAUUUCUGCAAAUUGAAAUCAAUGGUCAGUAUCAAAAUAAAGCUUAACCUUUGCUGAAAACUUUACAUAAUUCAAAUUUAUAUUUAGUAAGCAAGCUCACAUGAAGUGAGGGCCUGAAAGGGGUAUGUAAACAGGGGACUUUAUGAACGUUGACUGAUGAUAAAUUCGAACCCUUUGUCAUUUACAAAAUUUCCUUGAUAUUAUUAUAUUGAAACUUUCCCCAAAAAGCUGCAACAGUCAUUCCUGAUCAAGUAAUGAAAAGUUAACAAAUGUCAGGCCUUCAUGUUUCGACAGUGAGCAUGCGCAAUAAACACCCUCUUCCCCAGUAAUUUUGGAUAAAUAUUUUUUAUACAAAUUUAUGUAAGUCAUUUAUACAAAAUAUUUACCAAUUUUGUUUUUGUUUACACCAGUUGGUGUUGUAAGUGGAAACUAUUAGAUGGUGUGUUCGAUUUUAUAAAUAACCGAUUGCAAUCGAAUAUUUCCAAGGUGUUCGACUUUAUCAUCUGUCCGGGUUUAUCAUCAGUACCAGUACUGCAGUACCCAUUUAUUUCUUUAUUUCUUGAUCAAAUUUAAUAAAAUUGAUAUCAGAUGAAAGCGGUUAUGUACUUGCUAAAUAUAUAACUUAAAUUAAGCUUGUAUGCUGAAUAAGUACGGAGAACUACAUACAAUAUCGACUCAUUUUCCAGCCAUAGGUUUGCAUAUUUUUGAGAAUGAAAACUACGGCCAUCCCAUUUAUUUCUCGAAAUAAGAUACAUAUCGUAACAAAUGUAAUAUCUUUUGAAAUAAUACCUUCCUUACUUUACAUAUGUGGCAUUUGAAUGACAGUCUUGCAAAUAUUAAUAAAUUGUGCAACAUCAAACUUUUAUAAAUAUUACAACUGCAUGAUUCUAUCCAGCAGUAGUAAGUACAAAGUACAAAAAUACGGCCAUAAAUUAUUAACUUAUAAUUCUUAAUAAACCUUAUAUAUUUUGAUAUCAUAUGAAAGAGUGUGUUACGAAGUUUCUAAAAAUGUUAAAUUUGUGGAAAUUCAUCAAUUACAACAGAAGAUAUACUUGGUCAAAGAUUUAUGAUUUUUUUUCGACAGCGUUUGGUGUUAUUACUGCAUGCUGUAUAUAGCUAUGAUGACGAGGACCUUCUUAUGUUCAAGUCAUAUUAUUAUGAAUAAAGUUCUGUUCUGUUCAAAAAAAAGUUCUGUUCUGGUGUUGUCAUUUAUUGAAAAUUUGAAGUGGUGUAGUUCUUAACCCUUACCCUGCUAAAUUAUUAUUUCUAUAAUGAACUUGUCCAUCUUCCAAUCUGGACAGUGCCACUGACUGUUAAAAGGGGUGCUUACCAAAAGGAUACUGGCUGAAUGGCGAACAGUGCAGAUCAUAAUCAGACUGCACAGAUGUGCAGGCUGAUCAUGAUCUACACUGGUCGCAAAGGCAGAAUUACUUGUGUAUAGCAUGGUAAGGGUUAAUAAUAGGAGCAACAAACUGAGAAGUAUUGUAAAUAAUAUAUACAAUAUUCACCGUAAAUAAUUAAUGUAUUUUUACUUGCAGUUUGAACAUCAUUUUACAUAACAGAGUGUUCUGUGAAAUAUCGUGACAAUAAUUGUUAUAGAUCUAAGCUCUUUUAAUUGUGUCUUAUAGAGUCUUAUCAGUUUAUCACAACAGGCUCUAGUUCAUUAUGUAAUCGAAAAUGACUUAAUAAAAUAUGUGUCGUCAGUGAAUUCAUUUAUGGUUUCAGGCAUAAAAGGAACAAAACGCGUAGUGACUUUACAACCAACAGAAUUGUGCAGUUGUCCCUCAACUGGGCAAUGUUAUCAUAUUUUAGCCGAGAAGCAGUCUUUGAUUAUCGAUGAUAAUUUAAAAAACAAAACCAAAACUGUUAAGAACUUGUCUAUUUUAAGAAAAAUCACAAGACCAAGAAUUGCCAGAAAAACGGGCCAGAAACAACCCAGAAAAACUGAUAAUGAAGUAAUCGCUGCACCUGAUUCUUUGUCUGCACAGAAAUGCUCCACACCGUCAGCAAAUGAUCCACCGACACCAGUGUUCAAAACAGAAAACAAAUGUUAUGUUACACCACAGACACCCUGUACAAUAGAGAAUCACAUUUUAAAAAGUAGCUUUAAAAAACGAAAAUCCAGCGAAACUUCCUCUAAAGCCAAAAAGAAGAUGAAAUUUUAUGAAAACAUCGAUUCGGUUGGAAACAGUGAUAAUUUAUGUCAACAAAUUUUGAUUGAAGAACUGAGCACUUCAACCUUCGAUUUAAAUACUUGUAUAGAGGAUAAAUGGAUUGAUCAGCUUCUAUUAUCAGAUAGGGACGAUGUUCUAAACGAAAAUGCAUGGCUGAACAACCGAGUCAUGAACCAUGUUCAAAAGCUACUUAAAUCUUCAGGCCCAGCUAAUGGUUUACAGGACACUUUAUUUGCUCUGCAUUUUGAUGACACCAAACAAGAAUGGGUUUUACAUGAACAUUUCAAAAAACAAAAUGUUCAAAGUGGCCAGCUUCAUUUUAAUGGCAACAGUCAUUAGUUAAAACCUACAUACUACAGAUAACAUGGACAAACACCCUCUGUAUGGUAAAAAGAAGAAAAAGAAAGAAGUAUGUCCGAAUCCAUUGUUUGUACAAUGGCUGACAGAGUGGAGAGACAGUGCAGCUGAGAAAGGCAUCAAGAGUCAGUAUACAUAUGGAAAGGCUUUGAACACUCUACGAAAAUUCCCCUUGAGGUUUGAAACUGGAAAAGAAUGCAAAAUUUUAGAGAAUUUUGGUGACAAGAUAUGUAAAAUGUUAGAUGAGAAACUUGCAGAGCAUGUGUCCCUGUAUGGCACCACAGCACCUGUGGACGUGACAGACACAGUAACUGAUGUACACUUAAACAACCAAGCUAGAUGUAAGGUGACUACAUCAACAGGGGCUAAAAAGGAGAAUGUUAAAGCAGCACCCAAAGAAAACAUUGCUCCAGUCCGUGUACAUGAUAUAUCAGACAAUAGUGAUGAUGAGGUACAGGAACAACCAGCCAGAAAGCGGCAGAGAUCAGGACGUCAUAGUGGAGAGCGAGAAUAUAUUCCAGCUUUUCGGUCAGGACCGUAUGCGUUACUGCUGACACUUUACAGAGAUAUGCAGUCAGCAGAGUCUCAAGGAUUCCUGAGUAAAGCAGAUCUUGUGAGGAAAGCUCAGCCAUUAGCUGACAAGUCCUUUACUAUGGCAGACCCAGGAUGUCGCUAUACUGCCUGGUCCUCUAUGGGAACUUUGAUAAAGAAAGGCUUGAUUAUUAAAGAAAGUAGCCCUGCAAGGUAUAGUAUAACUGAUGCUGGAUGUGAGCUGGCACACAAGUUGGAGGCUGUACAGGAAGGUACCGGCACUGCAGUUGAUACAGGUAUUCCUUUCAGGAUACAUGACCCUGUACCUGAUACAGCUCCCAGAUUACCCAACAUGCCACAGGAUUAUGACAGGAUAGAGUACAAUAAUGUGCCAGAAAAUGCUCCAAUACAAGCAAGUUCUCGUUUGAAGUAUUGGUAUGUAACAGAAGAAGGGACAGAGGUUCUAGUCAAAGAUAAAGCUGUUGUUUCUAUAGAUGAUGAGAUUGGUGUAGGUUUUCUAGUCAAAUGUAACUAUACAGAGUUGUUAAAGUCAGGAGUGAAAUACAAGCUGGACACCACCAGGCCUCUAGGAGACAACUUCGUGUAUGUGUAUUUAGGAAAUGAAAAUACAGAUGAUAUAGCUAACGCACCUUUUGGAAAUGUGAAUACUCAUAUUGUUCAAGGAAGAACACACAACGCAGUACAUAACACUGAACAUGAAGAUGUAAAUCUGAAUAUGAAUACUGGGAAAAGAAAAAUUGAAAAACCAAGGAAGACAACUGCUGUACUGAAGGCAAAAGAAACUCCACAGUUACUUCCCUUGAUAAAAUUGUCCCUGGAAUCUAAACCAAACAAAGAUGAUGGUGCCAGUAAAAACAUUGACAAUAUUGUAGUCAUUGACUCUGAAGAAAGUUCUAGAGACUACUUACCUUCCAUUCAAGUGCCAAAGAAAACUUCUAAACAUAAACAGAGUAAAGAUACUGACUUAAACUCUAUUGUGCCAAAAUCAAGUUCUGUCUCGGACAGAAGUGACAGUCAAAGUUUGUUUGAAAGACUGAGCUCUAAGCAAGAUAUACCAAAGUCAUUAUUGCUAGAUUCACAAGACAGUGUUUCUCAGUGUACAGUUUCAAAUUUGAGUAGUUCUCAGGGUUCGAUAAAGAGUGUCAGUUCAGUGAGCUCUGGAUCCUCCACACAAACCCUGCCUGUACCAGAUUUCGUACUGCGUCCAGGAGAAUUUGAAAUAGUGCUAUGCAUUGAUAAUGCAGAGUUUUAUGGAGCGAAUAAGGGCAGUAGUAAAACGUUACUUCCUGAUUUGAUAAAGAAUGGAAUAGACUGUGACCUCAGAAAGCUGCAUGUGGGGGAUUUAUUGUGGAUUGCUAAGGAGAAAAGUAGACCAGUCCAAGGUCAGUUGACAAGACCACCAGGUCGAGAAUUAGUAUUAAACUACAUUAUAGAGAGAAAAAGAAUGGAUGACUUGGUUGGUAGUUGUAUUGAUGGAAGAUUUAAGGAACAAAAGUUCCGGUUAAAAAAAUGUGGUUUACAUCACAUGAUGUACCUGGUAGAAGACUACGGUUCUAUACAACAUUUUAGCUUACCAGAGUCAACGAUUAAACAGGCUAUAACAAAUACACAGGUUAUUGACGGUUUUCAAGUGAAGAGAACAAAGGACACAAAAGAGACUGUAGCAUUCCUGACAGUGUUUACCCGCUACCUCCAGAGUCACUUCAAGGAUAAGACAUUGUAUGCAUGUAGCCUAGAUGACAUCAAAGAGUCCAAGAUCGUAACUAAUGUAAAUGACAGUCACCAGAAGCUGGCAACAUUUGAGGAGUUCAAUCAGGGAUCAGUGAAAUCAAAGGCUUUGACAGUUCAGGAGAUGUUUGGUAAACAGCUGAUACAGCUACAUGGAAUGUCUGCAGAGAAAGCUCGAGCUGUUCUAGAUAAGUACCCUACUCCCUCCCAUUUGUUUCAAGCCUAUGAGAUCUGCUCUACUGACAAAGAGAAGGAAAAUCUCCUGACAUCUGUUAAAUGUGGGAAGUCUUCAAGAAGUCUUGGUCAGGCACAGAGCAAACAGAUGUAUCAGUUAUACAACACAUGCACACCUCUGUCUUAACUGUGUUACAUAUAUAUACUGCUGUAGCCUGAUCAUAUUGAGAGAGACAAUGACAUACAUGUAUACUGGCUGUCAACAUCAUUAUGCAUAUAAUUGGACACUUCACUUCACCAACAAUGAACUGAAGGACACAUAUGACACAGUACGAAUUUAUAUAGCUUAACCUUUUGUGACUGAUUUUGUUUUGCGCACUUCAUCCAUUUUUAUAAAAAUUUAUGUCAACAUCAAUAUGGUGCAUUUUUGUGUUGUGGUAUGUUCUAGUCAAUAAAUUAAAAAACCAAAUGGGAUCCAGGAUAAUGAUAUAAUGAUGCAAGUCUUUCAGGCAUGUAAGACACCUCAAGGGCAUUAAAUGUGUAAGUUUGAUUUUAAAGUAUAUGAAAAGCUGUUAUUCUAACCAUGUGAUAAUUCACCACUCGCAUUUGAAAGUUUCUACAGUCACUGUUGCUCAUGUAAAUGGGAAUUAACUUUUUGCAUAAUCAGUUUGUUCAAACAUUGUGUUGUUUGUUGAGAUUGUUUGUUUUUACUUUAAAGGCAGAAUUUAAUGCUUUAUGAAAUU